GCGGCCGCAGGCGGAGGAGCCGGGCGGGAUGGCGGCGCGGGAGCUGCGGCUGUUGCUGCUGGCGCUGUGCGCGCUGCUCGCUGCCUGCCGGGCGGCCGAACCCGCGGCGACGGGCAGCAGCCGGCGAAGGAGGCUGAGCGCCGAAGAGGGCAUCUCCUUCGAAUACCACCGCUACGCCGAGCUGCGGGAGGCGCUGGUCGCCGUGUGGCUGCAGUGCCCGGCCAUCAGCAGGAUCUACACGGUGGGUCGCAGCUCCGAGGGCCGCGAGCUGUUGGUCAUCGAGGUGUCCGACCGGCCCGGCGAACACGAGCCCGGAGAGCCAGAAUUUAAAUAUGUUGGGAAUAUGCAUGGGAAUGAAGCUGUUGGAAGGGAGCUGCUCAUCUUCUUGGCUCAGUACUUGUGUAAUGAAUACCAGAAAGGCAACGAAACUAUUAUCAACCUGAUCCAUAGCACACGUAUCCAUAUCAUGCCAUCUCUGAAUCCUGAUGGCUUUGAGAAGGCAGCAUCGCAGCCCGGUGAACUUAAAGACUGGUUUGUUGGUCGAAGUAAUGCCCAGGGGAUAGAUCUGAACCGAAAUUUCCCUGAUCUGGAUAGGAUAGUCUAUGUUAAUGAGAAGGAGGGUGGCCCAAACAAUCACCUCUUGAAAAACAUGAAGAAGGCUGUGGACCAGAAUCCCAAGCUUGCUCCUGAAACAAAAGGUGUCAUUCACUGGAUUAUGGAUAUUCCCUUUGUGCUCUCUGCCAAUCUUCAUGGAGGAGACCUUGUUGCAAACUACCCUUAUGAUGAGACUCGGAGUGGCAGUGCUCACGAAUACAGCUCCUGCCCUGAUGAUGCUAUUUUUCAAAGCCUGGCUCGCAGUUACUCAUCUUUAAACCCUGCUAUGUCUGAUCCAAACAGACCACCGUGUCGUAAAAAUGAUGACGACAGCAGCUUUGUGGAUGGAACGACAAAUGGUGGUGCAUGGUACAGUGUCCCAGGAGGAAUGCAGGAUUUCAAUUACCUCAGCAGCAACUGCUUUGAAAUCACAGUGGAGCUUAGCUGUGAAAAAUUCCCACCUGAAGAAACUCUGAAGGGCUACUGGGAGGACAACAAGAACUCCCUCAUCAAUUACAUUGAGCAGAUUCACCGAGGAGUGAAGGGUUUUGUUAAAGAUCUUCAGGGCAAUCCAAUAGCAAAUGCUACAAUUUCUGUGGAGGGGAUAAGCCAUGACAUUACAUCAGCCAAGGAUGGUGAUUACUGGAGACUGCUUGUGCCUGGAAACUACAAACUCACAGCCUCAGCACCAGGUUAUCUAGCAAUAACUAAAAAAGUAGCUGUGCCCUUUAGUCCUGCUGUUGUGGUUGAUUUUGAACUGGAGUCGUUGUCUGAAAGAAAAGAAGAGGAGAAAGAAGAGCUGAUGGAAUGGUGGAAAAUGAUGUCAGAAACGCUAAAUUUUUAAAUGAAGAUUUUGGCUUUUCAGCUUUGAGUCUGUUAUAUGUUGAUUUAGUAUAAUGUACUGUGGAAAGUCCCUAUAUUUUAGAUUUUGUGCACUUCACAAUAUUUAACUUCGAUUUUUUUCAGUCAUCUUUUGAUUAAUAUGAUUAAAAAUUAAAUACUAAACGCCUAGCUAGAUACAUAAGUUAUUAAUUUUCUUUCAUAUUGUUACAGAAAAUUUACUCUUAUAUACAAAUCAGAAAAAAAAAAAAGAGUGAAUGUCUCUGCAGCCUAUAUGGAAGUACAAUCUUGUGUAUUAUGUACAAGUUCAGAAUGUGUAAGUUAAAUUUUGAUUUAAGAAAAAAUAAAUAAAACACUGUAGUCAGUUCCCAGUACCACCAGAAAUAUUUGACAGUGCAUAGUAGUAGACAGUGCUCUUUACUGAGUUCUAUACUGAGUGUUAUUGAAAAGGUUUAUAAUAAUAAUGUGGUGGUGUAAUGAUUAAAGUACAUUAUAACAUUUUGUGUGUCUCUGGUGUUGGGACUGUUCAAAUAUGUAAGAACCAUAAACUUCUCACUUCAUUUCAGGAAGCAGAAAGAAUCUGCAUUAACUCUUUUAUUAAAGACAGCAUGAAAUGA